CUUUCCUUCCCAAGCUCGGAGGAGGCCCAGCUCCCGAGGGGCUGAGAGCUGGAGUCCUGGUGAGGGGGGAGGAGCUGUCCCGCGAGGACCACCCCCCAAGGAAGUAUGAAUAGAAAAGACAGCAAGAGGAAAUCCCACCAGGAAUGCUCGGGGAAGGCAGGAGGCCGGGGCCGGCCCCGCCAGGCCCCUCGCCGCCACAAGACCUGCCCGAGUCCCCGGGAGAUCAGCAAGGUCAUGGCGUCCAUGAAUCUGGGCAUGCUGGGCGAGGGCAGCUACAGUGAAGACGAGCUGCUGGAGAAAUGCAUCCAGUCCUUCGACUCCAGUGGCAGCCUGCGCCGUGGGGACCACGUUCUCAACAUGGUGCUGGCCAUGCACAGCUGGGUGCUGCCUUCUGCUGAGCUUGCUGCCCGGCUGCUGGCUUUGUACCAGGAGGCUGCAAAGGACACCCAGGAGCUGAGGCAGUUGCAGAUCUGUCACUUGGUCAGGUACUGGAUGGCCCAACACCCAGAGGCCAUGCGCCAGGAGCCCCAGCUAGAAGAGGUCAUAGGUCGCUUCUGGGCCACGGUGGCCCAGGAGGGCAACUCAGCCCAGAGGAGCCUGGGAGAUGCUUCCCACCUCCUGAGCCCUGGUGGCCCUGGCCCCCCACCUCUCACGAGCAGCCCAGGCCUGGGCAAAAAAUGCAAAGUGUCCUUGCUUUUCGAUCACCUGGAGUCCGAGGAGUUGGCCCAGCACCUCACGUACCUGGAGUUCCGGUCCUUCCAGGCCAUCACGCCCCAGGACCUGCGGGGCUACGUUUUGCAGGGCUCCGUGAGGGGCUGCCCAGCCCUGGAGGGUUCCGUGGGCCUCAGCAACAGCGUGUCCCGCUGGGUGCAGGUUAUGGUGCUGAGCCGCCCUGGACCUGCUCAGCGUGCGCAGGUGCUGGACAAGUUCAUUCACGUGGCACAGAGACUCCGCCAGCUACAAAAUUUCAACACACUGAUGGCGGUCACAGGGGGCCUGUGUCAUAGUGCCAUCUCCAGACUCAAGGACUCCCAGGCCCACCUGAGCCCUGACAGCACCAAGGCCCUGCUGGAGCUGACAGAGCUUCUCGGCUCCCACAACAACUACGCCCGCUACCGCCGCACCUGGGCUGGCUGCAGCGGCUUCCGGCUGCCUGUUCUGGGUGUGCACCUCAAGGACCUGGUGUCCCUGCACGAGGCACAUCCUGACCGGUUACCAGACGGCCGCCUGCAUCUGCCCAAGUUGAACAGCCUCUACCUGCGGCUGCAGGAGUUGGCAGCCCUCCAGGGACAGCAUCCCCCCUGCAGCGCCAACGAGGACCUGCUGCAUCUGCUCACCCUCUCCCUGGAUCUCUUCUACACGGAGGACGAGAUCUACGAGCUGUCCUACGCCCGGGAGCCCCGCUGUCCCAAGAGUCUGCCGCCCUCUCCCUUCAAAGCACCUGUGGUGGUCGAGUGGACCACCGGUGUGACACCCAAGCCAGACAGGGUCACCCUGGGUCGACACGUGGAACAGCUGGUGGAGUCCGUGUUCAAGAAUUAUGACCCUGAAGGCCGCGGCACCAUCUCUCAGGAGGACUUUGAACGGCUGUCGGGCAACUUCCCCUUCGCUUGCCACGGGCUGCACCCGCCCCCCCGCCAGGGGCGUGGCUCCUUCAGCAGAGAGGAGCUGACGGGGUACCUGCUGCAUGCCAGCGCCAUCUGCUCCAAGCUGGGCCUGGCCUUCCUGCACACCUUCCACGAGGUCACCCUGCGCAAGCCCACCUUCUGUGACAACUGCAACGGCUUUCUCUGGGGUGUCACCAAGCAAGGCUACCGCUGCCGGGACUGUGGCCUCUGCUGCCACAAACACUGCAGGGACCAAGUGAAGGUGGAAUGUAAGAAGAGACCAGGGCCCAAGGGUGACGCGGGACCCCCAGGAGCCCCUGUCCCACCCACACCACCUCCUCAUGCCAGCUCUGAUGCUGAGGAGAGUCUGUCCUACACUCUCUCCCUGGAACCUGAGACUGGGUACCACCUUUGCCAUGCUUGGACCCAGACAGAGUCCCCACACCCUUCCUGGGAACCAGAGACGGUCUCCUCCCCAGAGCCAGUCCCACCACCCACCUCCUCCUCCAAGCCAGAUUCCUAGACAUCAUCUUGGGCUCGUCUCUCCCUCACGGCCCCCACCCCAGGACCCCCAGACAUCCCCUUCUCCACACCCACAGGGCCUUUGAUGACACAUCCAUCAUCACUUGACCUCCCAGAAAAGUUCUUUUCUUCCCUUGUGUGGCAGGAGCUAUUAAUCCCACUCCAUUUCCCACACGUAGCAUGUGCGGCUCAGUAUUGGGCGCAUGUAGACCAAGGCUCACCGUCGCCCGAAUCUCCACUCACCAGGUUAGGAGGGAGGCUGGCGAGGUCAGGCUGCUGGCCAAGGGGGCAGAGCUCCCAGGGUAGGAGGCAGGACGCAAACCUGGUCCGCUAAGAGUGAAGCUGCAGACCUGAGCGCAGUGCCCCGUGGACAGCCAGUGUGAGUGAAGGGUGGACAGAGCUCCAAACUGGGGUGGCAGAGACAGGGGAAAGGGGGUGGAACUGUGGGCCUGUGAACCCCCCCCAAAAAAAGCCAGUCCUCACAGUGACCCACAGAGCUCUGCACUCUGACCCUCACCUCUCUGACCCCACCCCCACCUCCCACCCCUUUACUCAUCCUGCUUCUGCCACCCUGGCCUCAGUAUACCUUGAACAUUCCCCAAAGAAUCCUACCUCAGGGCCUUUGCACUACCAGGAAGGCUCCUCCCCAGGGCCCCAUGUGGCUUAUUUUCUGAAACAGUGCUCAAGGGACACUUCUGACCAUUUCAGAGACCUGCAUCUCCCUGUCCCCCACCCCAUCCUGCCUCCCAGCAUUAUUUUUCUCCAUGGUGCUUCCUCUGUGCGACAGAUUCACAUUCCACCUAUAUUUUGUGAAAUGUCCCUUCCUCCUCACCAGAAAUGUUAGCUGUCUUUCCCUAUGGUGUCCCCAUGCCUAGAACAGAACUGGCACACUGGAGACACAGGAUAAGUGUUUACCCCAUGCCUCGAUGUGCCCUCCCCACGCCCACAGGAAGGGAAAGGGUGUCAUGGAAAGGCAGAGGACCCUGUGCAUCAGAGCAGUGGGGCCUGUCCAGACGCAGGGCACGGCCUCCCUGCCCAAGGCCACGUGCCCCUGGCCGGGCCUCCACAGAGACGGUCCUACAGCCAUCAAAAUUAAAUUUAUUUUCCAGGGAACACUGUUCUUGGCAUUGAGAGGUGGACGGGCACAGGACAUUUGGGGGCCUCCAGAACCAGGGGAUGGGGACUUAGGGGCCGGUACCAAGGGACCCCCAAACUGACUCCCAGGGGUGACUGGCGCCUGGGCAUCUCCCGGAGCCCCGCCCCCGGCCCUUUACUUCUUCUUCUUCUUGCGGCCCCAGCGCUGGCGGCUCACUUUCCCCCCACCGCCGUCGUCCCUCCGGCUCUGCCAGCUGGGCAUGGGGGCCUCCAGCUCGUUGGGGCGGCCACCCCGGUCCGGCAUUUCACCCAUAAGCACCUAAGAAUCGAUCAGACUCGACUUUCAGAGGAAAAAAAUAGAAAUUGUGGACAAGGGGUCCAGAGAGCAAUGGAACAGCAUGAGAUUCAA